AUGGAACUCAUCAAGCCAAUUUUGAACAACGUUCGCAACAGACUGCUGGAGGUGAUCCGAGCGCAACUCGAGGAAGGCAGGUAUGCCGGUUGCUGGUUCGUGGCGUACUUGGCCUUCCUGGUCAAAAAAUACCGGCCGAAGAAGACCCCAGAGGAGGAGGCCAAGGAUAGACUCCCGGGGGAGGUCGAUAGACAACCACUGCUUUUCAGGUCAUAUGUGUCUGGUGACUCCAGCACUCCGUCUGCUACGUUUACCAAGAAAACCACUACGAUCAACACAGUCUGUGCGGUUGCGUCGUUCCUACUUUCUCUCGGCGUUGCCUUCUAUACGGCCCUGAAAGACCAACAGACUAAGGAGACUACAGACAGACUUGCGCGGGGUAUAGAAGCCUUGCAAAAUGCUCGGCCUACGGUGCCUGAGCAGCCUGAGCAGCCCGUGCUACUGGAGGAAUUUGUUGAUCUACAUCGGCGGGUUGGUAGGAUUGAAACGACGGUGCAUGGAUAA